AUGACAGUUCGAAGAUUCGUGAUAUACGUUCUGAAUAACAGAAAAACAAGGAAAGUUGCGCUUAAUACUGCAGUGUGUGGGCUUAUUCUCACGAGCCUGCUGAUCAGUUCGAACCAAAUGCACGUGGAGAGGCGCCACGGACACGUGCACGUGGGCAUGGGCUCCGAGCACCGGCAGGAGGGGGGCGAAGUUCACCUAGGGUUGGGCGAGGGUUGGAGAGAGCGUCUGAGGGGCCCCCUGGAGGACCACGACUCUCGCGUGGUGGCCGCCCUGAGGGAAGAGUACCUGCACCCACCCAGCAGCCAGCCCUACCAGGUGGAGCGCUACGAUCAGAGACUCAACUAUAAGGACAUGGAGUCGUGGCGGUUCCUGCACGAGAGUCUGAUGCGACUGUUCGCGGGGCGGCCGCCGGGCUUCUUCGUGGAAGCCGGCGCGCUGGACGGCGAGUACCUGUCCAACACGCUGCACCUGGAAAUGGUCUAUGGCUGGAGAGGUCUUCUAGUGGAGCCAAACCCGAGCUCCUACAAAGAACUCCUGAAGAAGAACCGUCGGGCGUGGUCUUCCAACACCUGUCUGGCCAUCACGCCUUACCCGAAAGAAAUGGUUCUUGAGAUGGUGGACACACACGCCAACGCUGCGACGUCGCAGGCACUGUGGGUGAUCCGGGGCAGCUCCUUCCUGAGCGGCGAAGGCGGAGUGGCGCAGAAGCACAACUCCCGCACUUACGAAACUACUUACGCUGUGGUUCAGUGCUUCCCUUUCGCCACCUACCUAUCGGCUCUCAAUAUCACUAAGAUUGACUUGCUGUCGCUGGACGUGGAGGGCGCUGAGGAGAAGAUCCUGGCCACCGUACCCUGGGAGGACGUCCGGGUGUCCGUCCUCCUGCUGGAACACUACGGGAGCAGCAAGGGAAAGGACCAGCGAUACGUGGACAGAAUCGAGGCCUACGGGUUUCGACUCUAUGACUACCAUGUCGACAAAGAUAAUAUCGGGGAUUAUAUUUUCGUACAAAAUGAUUUCUUGUUGCUAGAUAUCCAACCAGCCACAGCCACUUCUAACAAGAAAGCGACAGAAACUCUUCCUAUAACAAAGUUGACAUAA